AUGGUGAGGAAGGCAAUUAUUACUGGUGAAUACGAGCCCAAGGGCGAAGAAGUAAACUACCCACUGCUUCAAGGCUGUACUCCGGAGGAAAUAAAACAGAUAGACGAAGUCUCAGCUCCAGAACCUGAGGAACCAACUCGAGGCAUACCAGGUUUCUGGUUGCACUUGCUGAAAAAUGUGGACCAUCUGUGUGACAUGAUCCAGGACCACGACGAACCAAUUCUUAUGCAUCUCAAGGAUAUAACGUGCGAUGUUGACGUCAAUCCGAACGUUAGUUUAUUCUUUUUUUUUUUUUUUUAUUUCCGCCAUUUUCAGAAUAAUGAGUGUGCGAGAAACAGACGCAUUUUCAAUGCAUUGUUUGGAUAG